GCCAGCGCGCUUCCCGCCGCCCCCAGAAGGCGCGGGCUUCGCCCGGUUGUUUUCCUUCAUUUCGUGUUGCCUUUACAAGCCGGUCUGACACCAUCGUCUCUGCACGGGGCGUCGCUGUCACGGCUGCAGGCGGGGCCUCGGCAGCUGAGCGCUCUGCCCGCACAUCCCGGGCGGCGGCCGGAGGGGAGGAACGCGGCGCUUCCCCCGCGCCCACUCGGUCUCUGCACGAGCAGCCUGUGGGAACAGCUCGGCUUGUCCGGGUUCCGGGGCUAGGCCCGGGGCGAGAGCGGGUCCAAAGGCCUCUCUAAGGUGGGAGCCAGGGGCUCCACAGAGGGGAUCGAGGUCCCUUGUUUGCUGGCCUUGUGCUGCCGCGGCCUCCUCACACGAUAGAUAUUAAUUUGUGACCUUGUUUCUUUUUGUAAGGUUUGUGUGAGCGGAACGAAAACGGCCAGUGCUGUGGAUGACCUACAUAAAAGCUCUUUACUCUGGCGUGUUGUUUUCCUGAGCAUAGAAGAUCUGGGUUCUGCACAAGCAAAUUUCGCUGGUUCUCAAGCCCUUUGCCUCUAAAAUGCAAAAAACCUUUCUGUGUUAAGAUAGAUAAGCUUCAGACUGUGUGCUUGUGCACUGUGCAAAUAUGCAUUAGCUGAUCUUCAAAAGCUUUAGAGUCUGAAAACAAAUUUAAGGGAAUAAUUUUCUUCUGGGAGGGGUAAGGAGGUUGAAGGUGUUUGGUUUACAUCUGUUAAGCUGAUGGUUCAUUUAAUCACAAGACAUGUACUGUAGCAGUCUAGAACAAAAUGUGUGUGUCUUGAUUGUGAACCUUUCUUUGGUCUAGAUUCAGCAAUUUUACUGUGCAGUGAGAGAGAUAACAAAAUAUGAGGUAAAAAUCAAGCCCUCUUAGAUAUGAUCUAAUGUCUUCUAUAUGCAGGAGCAGCUUUUCACAUGUGUAGGAUCGACAGCAUCCUCUGGUAAGAUGAAGGCAUUUCAGGCCUUGAGGAGCCAAAGCUGUGUGUCGCUGUAGGCUGAGGUAUCACUGUGGCCUGAGGAGACUGCAAAGGAAUGAGUCUGCUAAGGUGACAGAGGUCAGCUGGUCCCAGCAGGUAAUCUGUGCCCAUUGUUGAAGGGAAAGGCGAAGUCGGACCUGGUUUCCUAGAGUGGAAACUUCAAGGAACACCAGCUGGAUAUUGAGCCAGUUAUACUGCAGAAACUGAGCUAGCCUUAAGAGUUUGUAUACUCCACUCGCCCCACUGUGUUGUGUUCAAUAGCAUAGGCUUCUCCACUCUAGGUGCUUCUCAGGUGAGCUUUGGAGGGGUACUUACUUCUGUGGCUGUGAUGUUUGCAGCGCUGGAGACAGCUAGGUUAGAACAAGGCUAGGCCCACAGCAGCUGCAUUAGCAGGAUUGAAGAUACAUGUUACAGAAGGGUCAUUGCCACCCUUAAGAGUGUCUCUGUCAUGUGACACCACGGAGGAAGGGAGGGGUGGGCCCCUUAGUUCUUAAGCUGCCUCAGUGGUGGAGACAAAAUACUCUCCCUCACAAUUUCAGAAAAGUAGCUGAGCCUAUGAAAAAUCUGAUGGCAGGGGGGUCAAAUGUAUUUUGUCCAUACCCUAGGUAGCUGUUAGAUGUAGAAGCAAAGCAAUCCUGCUCUAUUGUGCUUGACAGUUAGCAAAUCACCUUCCAAAUGAGUAAUAUAUCUUACUAAAUUUUUCUUGAGCAGUGAAAGGUUUGUUGAUUACAACUACAGGAGCAGUGAAAACUAAGUUAUGUACAAGAGAAAUCUACUGAAAUAGCAAAUCUUUUCCUUGAUGUUAACCUCAGAGGUGAGGACUGACCGCUAGACCAUCAGAAAAAUAGCAUUGAGAGUCAUAUGCUGCCUAGUUAUUUUUAGAAAAGACUUUCUUUACUGUACAAGUCAUGUGCACUGACAAAAGAUUGUGCCUCUCCUCUGGCUUCCUGUAUCCGAUAGAGAAGUACAUCAGUGAAACUUUCAGCGAUUCAGCCUCCUGCCAGCACAGAAGCAGCCAGUGCUUGUGCCUGCAUCCCUGAGAUGGUAGCUGGAGAAGAAUGAUCUUCCCAAAAGCACCAGGAAAGGAAUGUCAGAGGCCGAUGUUUCUUUUCACUUGAUGCUGGUAUGCCUGUGAAACCAAGUGAGGAGCACUCAGUGUUAGAGAUACUGGAUCACGGCUGUCACAGUUUGGUAGGAGACUCUGCCUGGUUAUGAGGUGCUGACAGGAGAAAGAGCAUCGCGCUUGGCUGCUCACCUUACCCAUUUGACUGUAAAUAAUGGAGGCCAAGGAGGAGAAGAAGGAACGGCGACAAGGCUAUUUUGCUCGUUUGAAAAAGAAAAGACAAGUCAAACAAACCACUGAGACUGUCUCUGCCAAUUCCCCUGGAUCUCCUGUUUCCACAACACCUUCUGAGAAAGAUGAUGAAAGGAAAGUUAUUUUGGAGCAAAUCAGUUCCUCUGAAGACAACUGUAAAUUUCCUGGGGAAAAGGAAACUGCUCCAGACAAGGAUAAGAAAAAGAAAAAGUACAAUCAACUGAAAGACAUCAGACGCACAGAACUUAAAAGAUACUAUAGUACUGAUGACAAUCAAAACAAAAGCAAUGAAAAGAAAGAGAAGAAGAUGGUUUCUCAGAAGCCUCAUGGUACCAUAGAAUACACAGCUGGAAAUCAGGACACCAUAAACAGCAUAGCAUUAAAGUUCAACGUCACCCCAAACAAGCUUGUGGAGCUCAAUAAGCUUUUCACACAGACAAUUGUGCCAGGCCAGAUUCUCUUUGUGCCAGAUACAAGUACUGGAAGGCUGUCUUCUAGUCCUGGUGCUCCUGUUUCUCCUUCAUCAUCAGAUGCUGAAUAUGAUAAACUCCCUGAUGCUGAUUUGGCAAGAAAGGCUUUCAAACCAGUGGAGAGAGUCUUGUCCUCUACUUCAGAAGAGGAUGAGCCUGUGGUUGUCAAAUUUUUAAAAAUGAAUUGUCGUUACUUCACAGAUGGUAAGGGUGUUGUUGGAGGAGUCAUGAUUGUAACUCCAAACAAUAUCAUGUUUGACCCACAUAAAUCUGAUCCUCUGGUAAUUGAGAAUGGAUGUGAAGAAUAUGGGCUCAUCUGCCCCAUGGAGGAGGUUGUCUCUAUAGCUCUCUACAAUGACAUCUCUCACAUGAAGAUUAAAGAUGCAUUGCCAUCUGACAUACCAAAGGAUCUUUGUCCUCUGUACAGGCCAGGAGAAUGGGAAGACCUGUCCUCUGAGAAAGAUAUCAAUCCUUUCAGCAAAUUCAAAUCCCUUAGCAAGGAAAAGAGGCAGCAGAAUGGGGAUGCAUCUGUUGCUCUGGGUGCCAAACAGAUAAAGCCUUCAGAUAAGGAAAAGUCUGAUGAUUUUGAAGUUCUUCAGUCAUCAGAGAGUAUAAGCUCAAUCAAAUCAAAGUCUCUGGAGUUUCCCAACAACAUCACUGCCACUGAACAUUUGGAAAAGUUUGAUGCAGAUGCAUGUACCAAGGACCCUUCGAGGAAAAAAAAUUCUUCAGAUACCAAAACCAAAGAAAAAUCCUUUCCAGGAGAAGGCGAGGAUGACUUCACUGAGCUGGAAAAGACAUCAUCUCAUAUGGAUAGAGGGUUGGACAGGAAAAUCUCAGUAAUGGAAGGCUUGCUGGCUGACCCCAGGGACUUGGGGAGAACUAAGCAGCAGGUAACCAAACCUACUACAGAAGUCCAGGAGCACUUGACAGUUGAUUCCUUGGAAAAAAAGGACAGUGUUGAACCUAAAGCUGACUUAGACUUAGAGCUGUGUGAAAAGCAAGAUGUUAUUCCAGAAGUAAACAAAUGUGUCAGUACUCCGACAGGUAAGGUGGAGACUGAAUUGGACACUAAGAAAGAGCUAGAGAAAGAUAAACUUAUUGAGUUUUACCUCAAUAAAGAUGGAAAUGGGUCUCAGUCAUCUGAAGAUUUACACAAGGCUGAAAUCCAGAAAGGUGAAAACAAUAAAGCAAUUGGCAUAGACCUUACACUUAGCUGUUCAAAGUCCCAAGCUAAUGAAGUCCAUACAGUUAAAAGUAUGGAGCUUGAUUCCUGCUGUGUUGAAAGGAAAGCACCUUCAUUAGAAAUCAGCUCAGCAGCAGCAGAGGAAAAGGAUCUGAAAGAGUCUGUGGACUCUUCAUUAGUACCAGCUGUAGACAAGACCUGUCAAGAAACACAGUUAGACAAUCAAUCAGAAAUCAGACUGUGGCUGAUGCAGAAAAUUCAAGUGCCAAUUGAAGAUAUGCUUCCUUCAAAAGAGGAGAAGAGCAAGACUCCUCCAAUGUUUCUGUGCAUUAAAGUAGGCAAGCCCAUGAGAAAAUCCUUUGUGUCUCAGAGCAUGACGAUGUCUCAACAGUACAGUAAAAAGAUAAAGCAACCAGAGUACUGGUUUGCUGUUCCUCGGGAAAGGGUGGAUCACUUGUACACAUUUUUUGUUCAGUGGUCACCAGAAAUAUAUGGGAAAGAUGCCAAAGAGCAAGGUUUUGUUGUGGUAGAAAAGGAGGAGCUUGACAUGAUUGACAACUUUUUUAGUGAGCCCACUACUAAAAGCUGGGAGAUAAUUACUGUAGAAGAAGCUAAACGACGAAAGAGUGUUUGCAGUUACUAUGAAGAAGAAGAAGAAGAUGAUACUUUGCCUAUCCUAAAGCAUCACAGCGCUCUUCUGGAGAACAUGCACAUAGAGCAGCUUGCCCGGCGCUUGCCCGCGCGGGUGCAGGGCUACCCGUGGCGCCUGGCAUACAGCACGCUGGAGCACGGGACCAGCCUGAAGACCCUGUACCGCAGAUCGGCUUCUCUUGACAGCCCAGUUCUCCUUGUCAUCAAGGAUAUGGACAACCAGAUAUUUGGAGCGUAUGCUACUCAUCCCUUCAGGUUUAGUGACCAUUACUAUGGCACUGGUGAAACAUUCCUCUACACUUUCAGUCCACAUUUCAAGGUAUUUAAAUGGAGUGGAGAAAACACCUACUUCAUCAACGGAGACACUACCUCUCUGGAGCUUGGUGGUGGAGGUGGCCGGUUUGGUUUAUGGUUAGAUGCAGAUUUGUAUCACGGGCGAAGCAACUCUUGCAGCACCUUCAAUAAUGACAUCUUAACUAAGAAAGAAGAUUUCAUAAUACAAGAUGUAGAAGUAUGGACAUUUGAGUGAAACACUGACUGCCUUAAGGACUGGAUCCAUUAGGCACUUAAAAGGUAUCCAGAAGGCGCAGGCUGCCUCACAAUGUUACAUGCUUUUUCCUCAAGUUUGUACCAGAGCAUGACUACACAAAAAAUCCAACCGAACGGCCCAAGAAUAAAGAAUUGAUUUUGAGAGGCAGUAAGAGACAGAGCAGUAAGAGUUCACUCUGAAGUGCUUUUUACUUCCUCUUCAGUACUCUUCCAUUGAAGAUACAAUGCUUAUGAAAAUGUUCAUGAUGUAUAAGUUGAAAACUUUUUAUGUAACUGUGAAAAAGAUCCUGUGGAAGAACUAUAACUGUCUAGUACAUUCCAUGUGUAUUUAUGUUCAACAUGCAAACGCUGACCAAAAAUAAAAGGUUACUUUACCAAAAUCUAUAGCAUACUGUUUGCCAUGGAAAAGAAUCAGAAAUAGGUGUACACAGCACUUAAGGGAACAUGUUUUUAAAAUUAUUUUAUUUAUUGUUACUGUAUAGUAGAUUUUUUUUGUAAAUGUAUUAGCUGUGAGUUUUUUUUGUUUAAUAUUUCAAAUCUCAUUUUGAUAAUUACUGUUGAGGUGGGUUUCUUAUGCAUUGGCAUUUAUUCUGAAUAAAUUUAUUUGAUUUCUGAAGUUAAUUUUUAUAUUUUUAUUUUGUAAAUGAGAUUUGGUUUUCAUUAUACCCUAAUUAGAGGGUUUCUUUUCCUGGGAGAAACACUUGAGUGCAUAAUUCUGUUUCAUUUUCUUUUCCUGAAAUAAAGGAGAAGGUGGAUAGUGCUUUUUCUUAACUUUGCUGUCACAUUCCUGUUAAUAGAUAACUAUUUUGGCAGUGUAUGGAGACACUAGGCAACUUGCCCCCUGGUGUAGACUUUAUCAGUUCUGUUGCAGUCCACAGAAUUGGGAUAGCAUGCUCUGAGCACAUGCCUGAGUAUUAUUUGACUGAUUAUGAAGGAGAUUUCUUAGAGAACUGUUGUUCUGUAUCACCACCAAAUGGUUCAAAAUAAGCCACCCACUGUGCUUUGAUGAGCACUUCUCUAUAAAUUGAAGAAUUUGUUAAGGAGAAAAUACAAUUGAGAUUUAGAGAAGAAAGUUCCUAACAGGCCAGGUUACAUUAGUGUAAAACUUGUUUUCCUAAUAAUUACACAUAUAAUUUCCUUUAAAAGAAUACUUCAAGCAGCAGUCUGGUUUAGGAUUUGACAGUCAACUAAAUUUUCUUGUUUGUUUUUAAUGAAUUUAUCAGAUACUUCCCCCUCCCUCCACCAAAGCUGAAAAGACUAUAUUACAAAAUCUGUAAAAUUUAUUUUACGAAUAAAAUAUAUUACAAAAUUAUAAAACAUUUGGUAAAUGGGGAGAGUGUGAGAGAGGACUGGUAAUCUUCACUGUUUGCUAAGGAAUUCUGCAUUGCCAUUAAGCUGUGGUUUUGUUUACACAAUCCAGGCCUAACUAAUAUUAGGAUGCUGUCCUGCCUUAAGACUUGAAUAUUUCAUUGUCCUGAGAAAGGCAGGUUUUAGAGGCAGUAGUGUGCAUUAAAACAGUACAAUCUAAUGUUGGAAUAUUAUUAACUGAGUAAUACUGCUCUUUUCUUUUUGAAUAGAUGAAAUAAUAAUUUUAAAAAGCCAUUUGCUUUUCCUUCAAAAGCAUAGCAUUUUAAAAUCUUUAUCUUGCACAGAAGUUUCACAGACUUAAAAAACAAUGCUAUACACAGUAAGCCUGUAACACGCUGCACAUGAGCUUUUCACGCUUCCUUUCUUUGUGGUCUACUACAGCCAUAAAUAAAGUUCUUAUUGGUAAUGCUUUAAAAUAUUUUGGAAGUUGUUAACAGCAUAAUGCUUUGAAGAUACCCAGAAUAUCUAACACUCUUUGCUAUUUUAAAUGGUGGCAGAAGACCACUUAAUAGUUUAAAAAAACCCAAACAAACAAACACCCAACAAAAAAAUCCCCACAACAUACAAAAUGAAAUAAAGUUCAACAUUUUGCAUACAUUUCACUCUUGCUACCUACAACUUACUCCAUUAUAUUAUCCUUGUCAAAGCAUAUCUAAAUGCUGUGGUCUAUAUUCAAAACAGUGUUGUUCAAUCAAAAUUCUGUGACCCUUUAAACUAUGAAUAUUGAAUAUAUGUAAUGCAGUGCUAUCACAAUAUUUUCAAUAAAGGAAUUUAUGCAUUCAGAAA